UCCCCGGAAUAGUCAUGAGACUCGGUAUUUUGUCAGCUGUGAUUCUUAUCCAUAUUACAAAUGCUGAACAUCGGAUUUUAAAUGAUUAUAUACGACAUUACGAAGAACUACGAUAUGAUUCAGAACAAUUCCAUAAUGACCACCUCAGAGCAAAAAGGUCAACAAGUAAAUAUCUGGAACUCAAAUUCUCAUCUCUUGGAAGAAACUUCCAUCUAGAUCUCCAUCCUUCUGACAGCGUUUUCUCAGCUGAUCACAAAUCCCGCCAACCAGACGGCUCCGAAGAACACGUGGAUACAUCCUUUAUAUAUGAUGGUGAAGUUCGAGGAGUCCCAGGCAGCACUGUCCAUGGGGCGGUACUGCGUGGUAUAUUUCAGGGCACCAUAAUGCUUUCACCAGAGGAAAUUUACUUCAUCGAGCCGGCGGACCGGUACUUCCGGAAUUCUCCCCAACUCCUAGAUUUUCACUCCAUUAUCUACAGGGAGGAUCAUAUGAAUCUUGACCCUUACAGACACAAACGUGCCAGUACGGGACAUGAUGGAAGCUGUGGUCUAGACAAAUAUCGGGACUGGAUGUUAGAAAGAAGUCACACAGAGAGACAUUUACAUAGUGAUGUCCAAGAUCACCACCGGUCGAGUAACAUGUACAGCCGGGAUUCCAACAGUAAACCCCACCGUAUAAAGAGAGCGCCCCCUGGGAGCAGUUGUUAUUCUAAACCUGAGCGAACAUGUAACCUCUAUCUUAGAGCCGAUCCUGUGUUGUUUAAUGAUACAAGAGACAGACUCGGAGGGAAUGUUGCGGCCGCUAAGGAUGAGAUUCUGGCCUUGUUCUCUACCCACGUGUCCGCUAUUAACCAAAUCUACAGUAAAACUAAGUUUGAGACUUAUUGGGUCACACCUCCAGGGACGCCAUGCUUUGAAGGAAUGAAUUUCAGAAUACAGAGAACAACAAUCAUGACGGACGAAUCCCUACAGUGUAACACGUAUCUACGAACCAACGCUUUGAGCUUCUGUAAUCCGAACAUCGACGUCAGUAAUUUUUUGAAUCUGAAUUCCUUGGACAAUCAUGAUCCUUUCUGUCUGGCGUUUGCUUUCACCUAUCGGGAUUUCUCGGGAGGGACUCUCGGACUGGCCUGGGUUGGAUCACCCACGGCUGCCGCGGGAGGCGUAUGUGAGCGCUACAAGACAGUACGAGAGCAGGGAAGAAGUAUACAGAAGAGCCUGAAUACCGGGAUAGUAACACUCAUCAAUUACGCCCGCCGUGUUCCACCGCGGGUUUCACAUCUGACGUUCGCCCACGAAGUGGGACAUAACUUUGGCUCUCCACAUGACAGUGGAACUAUUUGUGCUCCAGGAGGAGAUCCGGGUAACUUUAUCAUGUAUCCAAGUGCAACCAAGGGUAACCGUCCUAACAACGAUCAUUUCUCUAAGUGUAGUAAGGGAAACAUAACGUUAGUCUUAGACGCGGUAGUGAACGGCAGGAACGGGAAAUACAACUGCUUCAAAUCGUCGGGCGCGGCAUUCUGUGGUAACGGUAUAGUAGAGAAAGGGGAGCAGUGUGAUUGCGGUUAUAAAGAUGACUGUACAGACAAGUGCUGCCACCCUCGGAGCAGCGAUCCAAACGACAAACAGAUGUGUAAAUAUAAAGAUCCUUCAAUUAAAUGCAGUCCAACUGAAGGCCCAUGUUGUACAGACAAAUGUGAUUAUAAACCAGCAAAUAUGACGAUUUGUCGAGCUGCCACGGACUGUAGCGAAGAGCAAAAAUGCAACGGAAGUAGCGCAAAGUGCCCAAUUCCUAAAAAUAAAGAGGAUAUGACGUAUUGUAACGAUUAUACUCAAGUCUGCAUAAAGGGGGUAUGUGAAGGGUCCCUCUGUAAAAGAAUAGGUUAUAACCAUUCUUCACAUGCUCACUGGAAUUCUACGUGGGAUGAAUGUUACAUUGGAAUGUCGGGGUCUCUCUCUGUUGAACAGAAAGAAAAUUUGUGUUACCUAUCUUGUAAACCAGAUGCCAAUGACACGUGUUAUGUCUCGGAAGACCAAAAAGGAAUUCCAGAUAUAUUCAGUAACCUUGUUCAGGAAGUAAAGAAUAAGAGAAGAGAUAAUUCACCUAUUUCUGUAGCUUCAGGCACACCCUGUAACAACUAUCAGGGCUAUUGUGACGUAUUCCACAGAUGUAGAGGCGUGGAUAACGAGGGACCUCUGGAACGACUGAAAAAUUUGAUCUUUGGAGAAGAAACUCUUACCACAAUUAAAGACUGGAUCAUUGAACAUUGGUGGGGUGUAAUGCUAAUUGUAGUCGGGGUUGUGAUUGUGAUGGGCGUCUUCAUCAAAGUUUGCUCUGUUAACACACCGAGCGAAGACCCAAAGCUAAAGAAAUUCAGGAAAAAGAAUAAAAAGGAAAGAGGGCCAGUGAAAAAUCCAGGUCCAUACUACAUAGGAGGUUAUAAUAAAGGAAGAGAAGGUGGGAGGGGAGCAGUAGGGAAUAACAGACGCAAUAUGGAACUAAGGAAAGUCUAGACAUAUACAGUAAAAAAAGUCCAGACAUGUAAUGUAUACAGUGAAACAAGUUCAUAGCGCACACUGGCAUUGAAAAGUCAUGGACAAUGAAGUUAAAAUAUUUUUUUUCACCCAGUACUUUCAAUUUAUGAGUAAAUUAACUGUAUAACAAAAAAAGGGAUUGUGAAUCGGAUACAACCGUUUCUGAUAAUUCGCUAUAAACGUGUCUGACUAUAAAAUAUUUCGUCUAGAUUAGCAGUUGUAUAUGUUUUAUAACUGAUGAUUUUAUAAUGUGCCAAAUUCUGAUCAACCUUUUAACUUACUUGCUGUCUCUAGAUCUAGAAUAAUACAUAUUUAUUUCAUUUUAUAUUGAAUGACAGAUUUUAGUAAAACAUUUUGUUUGCUUUUAUUUGACUAAAACAGAUGUAUAUUAGAAAAACAUGAAGUACUUAUUGUCAUAUGUAAGAAAUUUUGAUUGUUUUUCUUGCUCUAAUUGAUAAUUGCAGAGUGUAUAAAUGAAUCAUAUUUACUUAAAUGGAACGCAAUGUUUGUUGUCAUCACAUGGCUUAUAUAAUCAGUCUUUUAGCGUUUGUUUCAUAUUUCGUUAUUGUGAGAAAGACAUGCACUUUUGUUAUGCUUUUUGAGAUUUUUGUAUAAAGAGAUAUAUUAUUGGGGAUAUAAAGAUGUAUCAUAAAGACGGACAUUUCUUUUGCUCAAAUUCAAAUUUCUUAUACGAAAAUCUGUGGUGCUACCCACAUAAAACAGCAAAUUAAUUUCAAACUAAUUCAGAAACAUUCAUUAACAUGUAAAUACCUCUCUACAGUGAAAAAAGAUAAGAGAAAAUACAUAUAGAUUGUUUCAGAGAAUUGCCGAAGAUUAAAAGUUUUAUUGCUGAUUUGUAAGGUAUUACAAACUCUUGUGUAGAAUUUUGUCGUAUUGAAAAUUUAUCAUUUUUUCAACAGAGAUUAUUACAUGUUUUAUGAAUGUCAGACUUCUAGAUUCUUUUUUAUGCAUGAAU